UCGAAGGACCAAACAGACAUUUUCAAAUCUCGAAUACAAACAAUCUACCAAUUAUUGUGGCAGCUCCUCAGUUGGCCCCAAGUCUUUUCAUUUUCGACUUCUUCUUCUUCACUCGAAAAAACACCUCCCACGCUCUCUCUGCGCGCCGCUCAGCUUGCCGGACCUCCCUCCCACUCUAGCGGUCAUCUCUCUCGCCGGACGUCGAGUCCCAGCUGUGCACGCCGUCGACCCUCCGCGUAGGAACUCCCGCCCAGCCGCGCUUCUUCCGUCUAUACCGCCACACCCAAUCACUGGUUUUUCCGGUUCGUCUGCGGCUAUUCUUCGCGCCGCCGGGACUUAUCGUCGCCAUUCUUACCGGAUCUUGGCUUUGGGUAUGGCUACUGUAAAGAACCUUAAGAUUAAGACAGCGACCUGCAAACGCAUUCUCAAGGAGUUGUUUUCUUAUGAGAAGGAGGUGGAGAGAGAAGCUUCCAAAACAGCUGACAUGAAAGAAAAAGGUGCUGACCCUUAUGACCUUAAACAACAGGAAAAUGUGCUGGCUGAAUCAAGGAUGAUGGUUCCCGAUUGUCACAAGCGUCUAGAGGUCGCCUUAGCUGAUCUGAAAGAAGCCCUGGCUGACCUGGAAAAAUCAACAGAAGAGAAAGGUCCCGAGUUCGAUGAUGCUCGGAGUACAAUCAACGAUAUUGAAAGUUUUCUAAAGCCAACAGAGGAAUAAUUGUGAGUUUGUCACCGCCUGAUUGUUUUCAGAAGUUAUAAUUCAAACUAUUGCAUUACUGUAUUAGUUCUCAAAUGUUUGGUUUUUGGAUGUUAUGAUUAUACUUUGGAAAGAGUUUCUUCUUCUGUUCUUCAUUACUAUCACCAAAGUGUAAGACUAAACUCUUCUCCUGGAUGUUGUGUUUUAAAAUAUUUUGAUGGCGUUUACCCAAAUUUAAAGGAAUAGAUUUCUAAAUA